AAAAGCUAACCAAAUCUUCCUCGGCCGGCGUCCCGACUCCCGAGCGCGCCAGUGCGGGGCGGGGCGUCGUUGCUGGCCGCGCCGCCUCCUCCUCCUCCUCCUCCCCCCACCACCAGUCCACCACCUCCCUGAUCGAAUCGAAUCGAAUCGGAAUCGAAGCGGGCGCCCACUUGACCAAAAAAAUUAUCCGUUCGAAUCGCGCGGAGCUCGUGCUUCUCUUCUCGAGUCGAAGCCUUGCCUACCUUAACCUCGCGACGGCUGCGCUGCCUGCCACCCCCACCACCCCCAGAUCCGGAGAUCCCGCGCGGCGCGGAGCACACUGGAGCGGAGCGAGCUGGUGCUGCAAUGGCGGCCCGCCCCUGAUCCGAUCCACACCACCCCGCCCCAUGGACUCCGCCCGUAGCUGGCUCCAGAAGCUUCAGCCGCGGGACAAGGACAGGGGCAAGCCGGCGUCGCCCACCGCCGCGAGGAAGGACGGAGCGGCGGCGAUGGCCGAGGAUGGGGAGGAGGCGAUCUCGAGCACCACCGCCACCAAGGUGGCGGCCGCCAAGCAGUUCAUCGAGAACCACUACAAGGACCAGAUGAGGUCGCUCGAGGAGCGCAAGGAGAGGCGUCGGAUGCUGGAGAGUAAGCUUGCAGAUCCUGAUGUAUCUGAAGAGGAGCAAAACAAUAUUCUGAAGGACUUCGAAAAUAGGGAGAGAGAAAUCAUGCGCUCAAGGAGGCACAAAAUGGGUGUUGAUGAUUUUGAAUUGCUUACCAUUAUUGGCAGAGGUGCAUUUGGGGAGGUGAGGCUCUGUAGAGAGAAAGCUACAUCCAAUGUAUAUGCAAUGAAAAAGCUUAAGAAGUCUGAAAUGUUACGAAGGGGCCAGGUUGAGCAUGUGAGAGCUGAAAGGAAUCUUCUUGCAGAGGUUGACAGUGCCUACAUUGUUAAGCUUUAUUGCUCAUUUCAAGACGAAGAGUUUCUAUACCUUGUUAUGGAAUACCUUCCUGGUGGUGACAUGAUGACUCUACUAAUGCGCAAGGAUACACUUACAGAUGAUGAAUCUAGAUUUUAUGUUGCGGAGACAAUUCUAGCAAUUGAAUCCAUACACAAGCACAAUUAUAUUCAUAGGGAUAUCAAGCCUGACAAUUUGCUGUUAGACCGAACUGGGCACCUGAAGCUUUCAGAUUUUGGCUUAUGCAAACCUCUAGAUAGUAGUAGCUUUCCAAAUCUGAGUGAGUUUGACUAUGCAGUGGGGAAAAACAUUAAUCCGUCAAUGGAUGGUGAUAAACUAUUAAGUAGCUCUGCUGCUCCCAGGAGGACACAACAGGAACAGCUAUUGCAUUGGCAGAAGAAUCGGCGGAUGCUGGCUUAUUCAACAGUUGGUACACCUGAUUACAUUGCUCCGGAGGUACUAUUGAAGAAAGGAUAUGGAAUGGAGUGUGACUUGUGGUCACUUGGAGCCAUUAUGUAUGAGAUGCUUGUGGGUUAUCCACCAUUUUAUUCGGAAGAUCCAAUGUCCACAUGUAGGAAGAUAGUGAACUGGAGAAGUCAUCUAAAAUUCCCUGAAGAGGCCAAACUGUCACCAGAAGCUAAAGAUCUUAUUAGCAAACUAUUAUGUAACGCGGAUUUGAGGCUUGGAACAAAAGGAGCACAUGAGAUAAAGGCACACCCGUGGUUCAAAGGUCUUGAGUGGGAGAAGCUAUAUCAGAUGGAGGCUGCUUUUAUUCCUGAGGUUAAUGACGAGUUGGACACACAAAAUUUUGAGAAAUUUGAGGAGAUUGCUCCAAUGCAAACUUCAUCAAAGGCAGGUCCUUGGAGAAAGAUGCUUUCCUCCAAGGACACGAAUUUUCUCAAUUUUACCUACAAAAACCUUGAACUAUCAGAUGAUCCUGAACAUCCAGGAAUAGCUCAAGUAAAGAAAAAGAAUAACAAGCCAACGAGGCGGACCUUUAAAUCAAUAUUGCAUGAAUUUGCUGAUACUGAAGAGGAACCUCAAAGCAGUUCCUUGAACUCAACGCCAUCACAAUUGGAUCAGUUGCCCGAGAGCCUUGAGCCUUCUCCUCACUCUAGUAUCUCCUCAGAAGAUUCACAGUCGCGGCAUAGAUAGCAGUUGUAAUCUGAAGUGGCAAAAAGGGUACAUAAUGCUAUCCGCAGAACUUAACGGCUAUUCAGAAGACAAAUUUGGAUGUAUAGAAAAGCUCCUAUAAAUUUGCUUUUAGAUAGGCGGUGGGGUGUUCCAAUAGCCAUUUUCUUAUAUUGGAGCCUUUAGCAUUUGUUUACCGACAAUGCCGUGCAAUUUGGUUUACAUUGGGGAGGGGUAUCCGUAUUCUUCUGGUCUGUAAAUUCCUGGAUUCUGUCAUUCUAUACAGGGUUGAGAUUCAUU